AUGGCCGCAGGUAAAAGUCCGCGAAAGACCACGCGGCCGCCUAGCGAGGCGGCCGCGCAGGCGCUGGGUACUUUACCGCAGCGACUGAAACAGGUACAGCUGAAUCCACGCCCGCGGCGGUUUAGUCUGCUAUACUCCAGCGACGACUCGUCGCUGUCAGACCUAUCGGACGUGGAGGGCCAACGGCGCCGCGAGAAAUACAAGAACCCCUCGCGAAAUAGCGCACGGGGGCGCCGAAAUCUAGAUAAUAGUGAGGGCAAGCACGGGAGGCUUAUAGGUGACAGCGCGAUAGGAUCUAGUUCAGAUAGCACGGAAUCCUCCGAGGGAACAGGUAUGCAGGACAACGAAAGCGAGGAUGAUGGUGAAGGUGACGAUUCCAGUUCAAUGAGCAGUUCUGAUGAUGACAUAGACUUUGUGCGUCUGACUGCAGAACGAAAGAAGAAGACGUUGCAGGUGCUGAACGCAAUGAAAAUGGGGCGGACACCCAGCAAGAUGCCCAAGGGCUCGGCAUCCUUAAAAACCGGGGGGAAAACAGUUCCCAGAACUUCGAGAGGCAAGUCGGAGGCUCCUUUUUCUGCAGACGUGGAGAGAAACUCGUCUGACAAUGAUGCAACCGGCCUCGCAUUUAGCUUUAAAGAGGGAGAUGGAAUACAACUGGAUUCCAGCAAACUUAUGCAUGCUUUGUCACACGAGGGAACGGAUGAAGAUCUUGGAGAAGAAGUGGGAGAUACUACGGUUGUAAGGAAAGGUAAGUUCCCAUCAUUCACCAACAACGCUCGUGUUGAUCAAUUAAACGUGCCACGUCCCUCUGAAACUGAGGAGUCGGAGUACGAAUUCGAUCAAGAUGUCUACUUCAGGACAAUCGAGGAUGAUCAUGAGGCUUCAGCAGGUGUUGAUACGGGUCUAGAGACAGGUGAUGAUGAUAUGGUUAUCCUUGAUGAAGAGGAACAAAACAUGAUGCAAGAAUUAGCUAAUGAUGACAAUCUUUCUUUUGAUGGCAGUAUACACGAAGAUGGUGAAGAUCCAGUUGAUCAUGAUGCCGAACAGAAAAAUUCCGCAGAGCCCCUGACGGCACAAAAGGAGGAGAAAGAGGAGGAUGAAUACGAUGAUGAGAUUAUGAGCGAUUUUGACAUGCCUUUUUAUGAAGACCCUAAGUUUGCUAAUUUGUACUACUAUGAUGGCAGUGACCAGCCACUGUGCUUAAGCACAUCUCUACCGCUAAUCUUGAAUGAGGAAAAACGGAAAAAACAAGACGUCAAAAGAUCAAGGCACUCUGAGAGAAAGGAAAGGCUCAAGCGCUCCAAAAGUCUCAAAAGGGAGCAUUCUGCGACACCGGAUCUUGGAUCAGAGGAUUACACAUUCGGUCUAUUUUUUAAUUCGGAGGCGGACAAUAAAGGAGCUGCAAAUACAGGUAUAGAGACAGCUUUGCGGAGGUUGAGCACCACUGCACUAGAUUACAGCGAGCAUUCAUCAGACGAUGACGAAUAUGAAAACAUUUUGCUCGACAUCGCACAUAUGCCAACGGACGAUGACAGUGGAGGGGGCGGUGAUGUUGAUAUGGAAUUAGCGGAUGGGGGAAGUGAUACGGAUGGCCAGCUGGACAGAGACGAAGAUACGAGCAUUACCAAUGUAUUCAUUGAUAUUGAUGAUCUGGAUCCGGACGCCUUUUACUUCCAUUAUGGCUCUUCUUCCGAAAGGGGGAGCAGUGAUUACAGUGACAACGAAAAAGGUCCCCGUAAGUACUCUUUCACCCCACCAGAAGGCUCUACAGAUGCUGUGCUUUAUGUUGAUAACGAGUCUACUGAUGAAGAUGACACUCUACCCCCACCCAAUUCUCGUAAUAGGAAAAUCGGGACCAAGGCUAAGGAAGUAGUUAGUGCUAGCACCGUCGGAUUGAAACCACCAAAACUGGGUACCUGGAAGACAGAUGCAAAGCCAUUUAGUAUUAUCGAUGGCCUUUCGACGAAAUCGCUGUUACCACUUAUACAUGAACAACAACUUCUUCACGCUCACGAUGCACCAUGUCAGCAGGGCUGCGGGUGCCUACCUGCCGGCUCUGCUAGUGACGUCGACACAGGUAUUGAGCAAGAAGAACUCACCUUGAAAGAGCUUUUGAAUAUGAGUGAAUUGGAUGACGAGGAGGGCCAGGUAUCCAUUUCAGGCUGGUAUGACAACAAGCCCAAAGUUCCUCUAUCUGCCUUCAGGAACAAGGGUGUUAAUAUGUAUCAGGAUGAGGAAUAUACAUUGCCGAUUUUCUCAGCUAGGAAGUUCCCGAUAGGUUAUGUUGGGAGUGAGCGUACUCGUCGGAAGAUUGAUAAAAUGAAGGAGCUCCAGAAGAAAAAUGAUGAGCGCAGACGUAAGCUACGGAAAAGAAAGAAGUUAUUAAGACUGAAACGCAAGCAAGCGAUGCUAGCGAAACAGCAGGCGCUAAAUGGAGACGAACUGGAGUCCCUAAAUAUGAAUAACAGCAGAGUUCCAACACCAGCCAGCGAACCACUUACCGAGCAGGUUGUCGACGCUAACUCUUUUCUCAGUGAUCCAAUCCUGGCCCAGGAUCAAACUGCAUUAGCUUUGCCCUCACAUCAUCGGAGAAAUUCCACUAAACCUAUGGACUUAGAAAGUAUCAACAAUUUACUGGCGCGCGAUAGCGACGAUCUUGUCGCAGGUAAUGAUGACGGCCUGACCAUCUGUGCAGGUGACGCUGACAUGCUAGCGUCGCUGACAGCGCCAAUUACAUAUGAUGAAAAUGACCACCCAGCCUCAGGCGCAGCGCUAAGACGGCGGCAGUCCAUCGCAGAGGCAGCUGCAGGAAACUUGCGCUUUACGAAAAACGGUUUGUUUAGUGAGAGUGCCCUCGCUGACUUAGACGAGAUCAUAGGUCACACUAACGGUAACGGACGUAUUAUAGAGUUAGAUGAGGUUCUUAAUUGA